GCCAAAAGAGGCCCCGACUACGCCGGAUAUAGGCAGGAAAGCUCAGCUCUCGCGAGACCCACUGGCUCCGCCCAAUCGCUGGCGACGCCCUUGUCGCCGUCUUUUUUAUGGGCAGACGCCUGCCACCGGCGGCUAGAGAGCCCGGUCUUUGGAGUCCCAAGACGUCGUCAUCCUGGUCUGCAUGACUUUCUGAGAUUCAAGAGUUUCGGUCCCCAGUUCCUGAGUUAGGAGGAGACCCGACUGCCCCUCCGCCUGCAGGUGCCGUCGUCUGCAACCCCUAAUCUAUGACCAAAGUCUUUAGGGUGAGCAGCCUGCCUUGAGGCCACUCCAGAAUCGGAACACCGGUGGACCGCUCCAUCCACAAAGCCAGUGUCCUGAAGAGCAUUCUGGGGAAAGAGAAGAUGCCACUCUUUUUCCGGAAGCGGAAACCCAGCGAGGAGGCUCGGAAACGCCUGGAGUACCAGAUGUGUCUGGCAAAAGAAGCUGGAGCCGAUGACAUUCUUGACAUCUCUAAAUGUGAGCUCUCAGAGAUUCCAUUUGGGGCUUUUGCAACCUGCAAAGUUCUGCAGAAGAAGGUGUUGAUUGUGCACACAAACCACCUCACCUCCCUGCUUCCCAAAUCCUGCAGCCUCCUGAGCCUUGCCACCAUCAAGGUUCUGGAUCUCCAUGACAACCAGCUUACAGUCCUUCCUGAUGACAUCGGUCAGCUGACAGCCCUGCAGGUUUUGAAUGUGGAAAGGAACCAACUGACGUAUCUCCCACGCUCUAUUGGGAACCUGCUCCAGCUCCAGACCCUCAAUGUGAAAGACAAUAAGCUGAAGGAACUUCCGGAUACCUUGGGCGAGCUGCGAAGCCUACGCACCCUCGAUAUCAGUGAAAAUGAGAUUCAGAGACUGCCGCAGAUCCUGGCACAUGUGCGGACCCUGGAGACGCUGAGUCUCGACGCCUCGUCCAUGGUCUAUCCCCUGCCGGAGCUAUGCGGUGCGGGUACUGCGGCCGUGCAGCAGUUCCUCUGUAAAGAGUCAGGGCUGGAAUAUUACCCCCCUUCUCAGUACCUGCUGCCCGUCCUAGAGCAGGAUGGAGCUGAGAACUCCCGAGACAGCCCCGACGGACCUACAGACAGCUUCUCCAAGAAUGAGGCUGAGUGGCAGAAUCGGUUCUCGGACUAUGAGAAACGGAAGGAGCAGAAGAUGCUGGAGAAGCUGGAGUUUGAGCGGCGCCUGGACCUCGGGCAGCGAGAGCACGCGAGACUGCUGCGGCAGAGCCACAACCACAAGGACGAGAUCCUGCAGACAGUCAGACAGGAGCAGACACGGCUGGAACAGGGCCUGAGUGAGCACCAGCGCUGCCUGGAUGCAGAACGGCAGCGGCUGCAGGAACAGCUGAAGCAGACAGAGCAGAGCAUCGCCAGCCGCAUCCAGAAACUCCUGCAGGACAACCAGAGGCAAAAGAAAAGUUCUGAGAUUCUAAAGUCACUGGAAAAUGAGAGAAUAAGAAUGGAACAAUUGAUGUCCAUAACCCAGGAGGAGACGGAGAACCUGCGGCAACGUGAGAUUGCCUCUGCCAUGCAGCAGAUGCUGACCGAGAGCUGUAAGAGCCGGCUCAUCCAGACGGCCUAUGAGUCUCAGAGGCAGAGCAUGGUCCAGCAGGCCUGUUCCAGCAUGGCUGAAAUGGACAAGCGAUUCCAAAAGAUUCUGUCGUGGCAGCAGAUGGAUCAGAACAAGGCCAUCAGCCAGAUCCUGCAAGAGAGUGCAAUGCAAAAGGCUGCAUUUGAGGCUCUUCAGGUGAAGAAAGACCUGAUGCAUCGGCAGAUUAGGAACCAGAUUAGGUUAAUAGAAACUGAGUUACUGCAGCUGACACAGCUGGAGUUAAAGAGGAAGUCCCUGGACACAGAGGCGCUGCAGGAGAUGAUCUCAGAGCAGCGCUGGGCACUCAGCAACCUGCUCCAGCAGCUACUUAAAGAAAAGAAGCAGCGGGAGGAAGAGCUUUGUGACAUCCUGACGGAGUUAGAAGCCAAAAGCGAAACCAAGCAGGAAAAUUACUGGCUCAUCCAGUACCAACGGCUUUUGAACCAGAAGCCUUUGUCCUUAAAGCUGCAGGAAGAAGGCAUGGAGCGCCAGCUGGUGGCCCUUUUAGUGGAACUGUCAGCUGAGCACUACCUGCCCAUCUUUGCCCACCACCGCAUCUCAUUGGACAUGUUGAACCGGAUGAGCCCUGGGGACCUGGCCAAGGUAGGCAUCUUGGAGGCUGGCCUGCAGCAUGAGAUCCUACGGAGAGCCCGGGACCUGCUAGAUGUGUCCCCUGUCCGGCCAGAGAUGAAACCACCCAAGGAUGAAGUCCUCAGGGCCCUAGAGCCCCCAACAGCUUCACAGGAGCCUCCUGAGUCAGUGAGACCAUCUGCUCCUCCGGCAGAGCUGGAGGUGCAGACCUCAGAGUGUGUAGUGUGCCUGGAACGUGAGGCCCAGAUGGUCUUCCUCACCUGUGGUCACGUCUGCUGCUGCCAGCAGUGCUGCCAGCCGCUGCGCACUUGCCCACUGUGCCGCCAGGAGAUCACCCAGAGCCUCCGGAUCUACCACAGCAGCUGAAUGCAUGCCUCCUGCUGGCCCUAGCCCUCCCUCAGCACCAUCUUCACCCCUGUUGGGGCUCCCACUCACCCCUGCUCUGUCCAGGCAAGGCUGCUUUGGGCCUUUGGCCACACACACCUUGAGCUCCAAUCAGGCGGGCAGGGUGGGGCGCUCUCAAUCUGACAGCUGUCCUGAACACUGGACAAAAGAGGGGCAACUCCACUGGUGACAGAACCUUUCUGGUCCAGGGUCCAAGGUAUGAAGGUGACUGUGCCCCACCAGGGCUCUGCAGUCAGCGUUCUAACCAAGCCGUAGCUCCACACCCAGCCGUCUGCCCCUCCUGGAGGUGUCCUUAUGUGUGGAGUGCCCACAGCCAUCCUGGCCUGAGAUGUGGGACAUCCCCGAGAGGGAGUGGACUGUGCUGGAGUGUGCCUCAGUCUCCUUCUACUGUUCCCUGCACCCUCAUCUUGCCCUCCACAUCUGCACUCUCAGCCCAUGGCAGGCAGCUGGACUCAAAGCGGAAACACCAAUAAAUUUAUGUAAGACUCUUCCCCAGUCACCCCUGGGCCCUGGGGAGCUUGGGAUGGGUGUGAGAGAAGUUGUGUUCAAGGAGAGGUCGAGCAGCUCUUCUAGGGAAAAGGGCCAGAGCUGCAGCACCUGAGUCAAAGGGGAGAAGGCAGAAGCAUUCCCAGGUGGAAAGUUAGGCAGUGCCCUGUUCACAAAGGACAAAGGAGAUAAUCAGGGACAGGGGCCUCCAUUUGUGAGCACACCAGGUUGGGCCUUCCAUCACUAUCCUAGACAAGGGGGCUAAGGCCAAGGAGUUGACCCCUAGAGCUUGCCACUGGGAAAUGGCCAUGCUGGGUGUGGAACUGGGCAGCAUCCUCCCUAUGAUCCUGCAGAAUUCUAGGAGCUGUACAUAUCCGUCAUGUGUUUUCUGAUGUGGCUUGGAGCCCAAGGCAUCCUUUACUUUGGACCAGCCUGUAGGUCUCUUUCCAGUAGGGGACAGGAUGGGACUCUGACUUCUCUCAGCCACUAGGCAGGCACUGAGAAGCAAGCACUGGACACUGGACAGGCCUUAGAGUGGGUGGCAGAGUCUAUCCCUUUGGGACUCAGUUUUCCUGACCCUUGGUGCCGAGCAGGACUGGGUGAGUGUCCUCGGUGGAUACAGUCAAUCUAGGACUGGGGUUACUGUGGCUUCCCUGUCUUCUCCUUAGUGACUUAUGGUUCCACUUCCCCCAUACCCUUCUUCAUGGCCAAGAAGGGAGAACAGAGAGGCCAAGCCAUUCUAUGGAGCACUGUCUUGUGGGUCUCACCUCCUCACCAGGGCCAAGGGGGAGAGGAUUUUUGCCACCCUCUCUUCCAUGUUUGUUAGAAACCUACCAACUUGUCAAGAUCAAGAGAAGGAUACCACCAGGCAUGGUGGCGCACGCCUUUAAUCCCAACACUUGGGAGGCAGAGGCAGGCCUGGUCUACAUAGUGAGUUCCAGGACAGCUGGGGCUACAGGGAGACCCUGUCUCAAAAAGACCAAAAAAAAAAAAAAGAUACCAGCUGAGCCCUUGGCCUGCUGUGACCCCACACCCCUCUUGAGUAAAGGAGGAUCAAGCCCCAAGCUCUUGGCCACCAUGGACAGGAUGACCAGGGAUGCCAACACCUCCUAAUGUGACUGGCUGCCACAGCAUUGGAAGUAAAUGCUAAGUUAUAGAUGGGGCAGUCCAUCCCCACCAGCUGCAGUGGCAGGUGGGGCUCUGUAACAUAGCUUAGCCAAGGUAUCCUACCCUUCUGGUCCCCAUAAAACAUCAUUGCCUACAGCAAGCACUCAGCAGAUAGCCCUGCAAAGACCCAGCAUGGCCACUAGUACUCAGCAUAGGCUGAAACCCACCAACUGGUCACUAGGAUUCUGAUCAGCCAUUGGAUCAGUUACCUGUACUCUCCAUGACCUCAAACAAGUCCCUUCUCUCUGAGCCUCUGUUCCCCCCUGUAAAAUAGGGUGAUGUAAGAACUCAAACUGGAGAGAGCACAAUAAAGUGCUUACCACACAAGCAUGAGGAAAGUUUGGACUCCCAGACCCAUGUCAAAAACUUGAAUGGUGGCACACAUCUGUAAUCCCAAUGCUUGGGCAGCAGAAACAUGCCCACUGGCCAGCUAACCUAGCUAAUGGGUGAGCUCCAGACCAAUGAGAAACCCUAUCUCAAAACACAAGGUAGACAGCUCCUAAGAAAUGACACGAGAUCAUCCUUUGGUGUCCACAUGCACACACACCUGCAUAUACCCAGUUAUAUGACCCCAGAAAGCUGGGGGUGAAUAGGAUCCCUAGACACAGACUCCAGGCCCAGGCCCCUACCCCAGCAUCACACAAAGGAGCAAGUUUUAAAUAAAGCAUUUAUUGAUUAGCAGAAGCUUAAACAGUUUGCAUAGUAUUCUCAAUACCAUAUCUGGAAAGAUCAAAACCCCCAAGGCACUAGAGAGCAUUGUGUAAGAGAUUAAUGACAUGACCGAGUAGGACUGGGGGGGGUCCCUGAGCACCAGCCAAUGUCCUGUGGGUCUAAGGCUCCUGCCUAGGAAGCAGGUCCAGAGGACAAAGGAUGCAGGGCUGAAAGGGGAUCUCACCCUGGGGGCCUUGAAGAGGCAAUUUGUGCCUUACCCUCCCCAACCCCUGCAGAAUAGAGAGGGUCUGGGGAGGCCUAAGGUGGCCAUCUAGCUGAGGCAGCCUUGAUCUGAUCCUCACACCUAGGGAGGAAAGGAUAAGCCCAGAGUGAUUCCCAAGGACAUCUGAAGAGGGGCUUGGAAUUGUCAGGGCUAGGUGACGGGUCACAGAGGCUAAGCAUUGUCUUGAGCCACUGAUCUUCAACAGUCUCAGAGAGCCAUGGCCUGGACUGUCCCUCAGGAGCCCCUCCAGCUUCUCGACAGGCAGUGAGCACCUUGGAGUGGCCGGGAAAGGACAGCCCAUACCCAAGCCCUGCCAAUGAACAGCUGUCAGACCAAAGCGGGGAUUGGGGGGGUGCACAGAUGGACAGGAGCACCAGGCCCCUGAGACGGUCCAGCUUCUAGCCACCUUCACUUUGCCAUCCUGACCUCAGUUGCUCCCAAGCAUCCAACCUCCCUCCCUCAGGACACUUCCCCUGCACAGACCAGCACAUUCCAGGCCUUUCUCACUUCACCUGCAGACCCCUGGUCCCACUUCCCUCUAUAAUAC